UCUACAGAUCGACCAAAAUCCAGCACCUACGCGUCUCAAAGAGACCGACCGAGGGAGAACCUGAAACCCUAGAACAGAUCUGCCGAAUUUCACUGCGGGAUGAAAUCGGCCGAAAAAGAAGAUUAACAAUGGAAUCUGAAAAACCACAAAGUGCAAAUCGAAAGAACAACAAACCCGGAAAAGAGAGAAUAAAAAAGUGAAGAACAUCACAAAAGGCUGACUGAAAAACGGAUUUUUGCACAGCCUUUGCAGUUUGAAGGAAGGGCCAUGGAUGUAAAUGAGGGAGAGGAAGUUCAGAAUCACGAGAAUGAUGUAGAUGUCAGAAUGUCAAAUAAUUUGGACUUGAAUGUGGAGCAUGAUUGUCGUAGCCCAAAAUCAUCCAAUGUCAAAGGAGUUCGUUCUCGUCGUUCUUUGAAACAUGAUGUACUAAAACUGGGCACUGAGUUUGAUUCUGAUGAGCAAGCAUAUAGAUUUUAUCAUAAGUAUGCUGAGUUGGUUGGGUUCAGUGUAAGAAAAGACUGGGUCAAUAGGAGCAAAGUCCAUGGACGGGUGAUGUCCAGAAAGUUUACCUGUUCCAGACAAGGUCACCGGAAGAAAGACAAGAGAGAUAUUAAUGUGAAGAAACAUCGCAAGGAAACAAGAACAGGUUGUUUGGCUUACAUGGUAGUAACUCGGCAAACUGAUGGAAAAUACAUUGUUACUCAGUUUGAAGCAGAGCACAAUCACGAUGAUGUGAAUCUGACUAAAGCUGAGAGGUUACUGGAAUCCCCAUCAGGUAAAGAGGACUAUACUGAGGUUCCUGAAACUGACUCAUCGAAGAACUCAGAGAUUCAAUCAAAGCUGUCAUUUCAGAUGUUAGGUAUACGGUUUUGCCCUCCAGAAAAUUUCGAUGACCUUCAGAUAGAAGAUGAUGUUUUCUUGAGCUCCAGGCGAACAAGAGAUAUGAAAGAAGGAGAUGCUGCACGCUUGAUGUAUUAUUUCCAGAGACAGCAUUUUGUAAACCCUUCAUUCUUUUACUCAUUACAACUCGACCUUGAUGAUAAGGUUAGCAAUAUAUUUUGGGCUGAUGACAAUAUGAUCACAGAGUAUGGUCAUUUUGGGGAUGUUGUAUGUCUGGAUACGUCAUGCACAAGAAACAAAAGUUUUCGUCCUCUUGUUCAGUUUGUUGGACUAAAUAAUCAUAGGCAAGUUGUAAUUUUUGGUGCUGCCUUCUUAUAUGAUGACAGUGUUGACUCCUUCAAGUGGCUUGUUCAAACUUUUGUGCAAGCGAUGUCUGGUAAGAAGCCUAAGUUCAUUCUGUCAGAUCAGGAUGCAACGGUUGUUCAAGCUAUUCAUGCAGUUUUACCAGAAACAAGCCACUGUAUCUGUGCCUGGCAGAUGUAUCUGAUUGCCCUUAAACAUCUUCGCCAUGUGGUUAAGGAAUAUGAUUCUUUUUUGAUUGAUCUUAGAAGUUGUAUCUUUGGUCAUUGGCAGGAGGAAGAUUUCAUCCAAGCAUGGGACUCUAUGUUGGAGAGACAUUGCUUGAGUAAUAAUGCAUGGUUGAGAUGGAUGUAUAGAGAGAAAGAGAAAUGGGCUGUAGCAUAUGAUAGAAAUACUUUCUUUGUUGAGAGACAUGGCACACAUCUGGUGGAGAUUUUGUCUGAUAAACUCAGAAGCUGCUUAGGGUCGGAUAUUGACGUUCUUCAGUUUUUCAAACAUUUCGAGAAUGUGGUCAAUGAACAAAGGUACAGAGAACUAGAAUCAACCCUUGACAUGGGAAGACAUGCUCCAGUUUUAAUGGCUAAUGCAAUCUUACUUAAGCAUCCUAGUGAGACUUAUACACCGAAGGCUUUUGAAGUAUUUCAGAGAGAAUAUGAGAAAUGUUUAAACGUCAUUAUUGAUAAGUGCGGUGAGCGUGAUACAAGAACCGAUUACAAAGCCAAAACAUAUGGAAAGUCCAGAGACUUCUUGGUCGCAUAUAAUUCUUUUGAUGGCACUGUUUCUUGCAACUGCAUGAAGUUUGAGCAUGUUGGGUUUUUGUGCAGCCAUGCUCUAAAAGUCCUUGAUCAUCAAAAUAUAAAGGUUGUUCCGCAUUAUUAUAUCUUAAAGAGAUGGGCAAAAGAUGCAAGGAUUUUGCCAAUUGGAGAAAGUCAUAUCUGUGUAGGUGAUGACAACAGAAAGAUUAUUGCCACUCGUUACAAAGACCUCUGUCGUAAUAUAAUGCAAAUAUCUGCCAGGGCUGCUGAAUCUGACCCAGCUUUUGAAUAUGCUUCAAGGCAACUUGAUGAAGUCACGCGAGGAAUCGAAAGAAUCCUGAAUUUUAAAACUUUUGAGGAAGCUAAAGGUCCUUGUGCUUCAGACAAUGGACUAGCUGGUGUUGGUCUUGAUAGAAAUGACUUUGAGAAUCAGGAUCUUGAUGUGAUGAAAGGAACCACUGAAGCAGAAAGUAUAGUACCUGAUAAAGAUCAACUGAAUCACUGUGGUGAACAAAUCCCUGGUGUGAGUGGCAGUAUAAAUAUUCGCCCUUCUCCACCUGAAACACUUGUAUCCGUAACUUGUGCUCCUCCCACAUAUAUUUCUCCUCCAAUUCCUGCGCCUUCACUGAGUCCACUUACACAGGGCUUAUAUACCAUUGAAUCCAGUCAUAUGGUGCAGAAUAUGUAUCAAGCAUCUAAUUUAACCAUUAACCAGCAAGUCAACCCUAACAUGUACGAACCUUCAAGUUUUUUCACUGGCCAACAUCAUUCUCCCAGUCAUUCUCAACUCCUUCAAGAGUCAUUGAUUCAUAGCCAGUUUCAGGAUCCUGUGUCAAAUGGUAAUCAAUUGAAGCAGGUCAUGGAUGACAGCCAGCACCUACAUCCAUCUUCAUUCAUGCAUUAUAAUCAUAGAUACAGAGCUACUGGUGUUUAGGAUAUAUAUUGGGAAGUAUGCCGUAGAAGGAUUCAGUGUAUUGUUAUGUACAUAGUUUAGUAUUCUGUACUGAUACUUGAGAUCGAGCCAGUCUUCCCCUAGUGAGGCAUGGGCCACGAAACGAGAUAUACUGCUAAGAGGAGUUUGAGAAGGAAAUGCGUUAUCAAGGAGCUUGCCUCUACUAACUGGAGUAGAUUGACUGAGCGGAUAUUGGGGAAGGCACCGGACCUCAAUGCUGAUUUAACUUAUGUGAUGGUGUUUUUCUCACUGUCCACGCAGUUGUACAAUUGAUGACUGGCGAUCAACAUGCGAUCUUUGCUGAAGUAGCAAGGGUUGUGGGCGCCGCUAAUUGCAAAAAGAGACAGACAAUGAAGGAGAAGUCUGGUAUCUGGCAUUGUAGCCAUGUAAUCUGAAAUCAGUAGCCAUGUAAUUCUGUUAUCUGAAAUCUGUAGCCAUGUAAUUCUGUUAUCCGAAAUCUGUAGCCAUGAUCCGAAUACACUCUGAAUAGAAUUUGUUCUCCGUUUUUGCCCGUGGAUGUAGCCAAUGUUGGUGAACCACGUAAA